UGCUGUACGACCAGUGCUCGCCAGUCGUUCGCCGAGUGAGUUACAGCCGUACGUUGAAAUCGUCUCAUUCUGAACGGCCGAAAAUGCACGUGCUGCGAUGGGUUACCUUCACCACCACGGCAGUGGUGCUGUCGCUGACUGUAGGUCCUGCUGCUUCUAACGAGAGGAGGUUGUCUCGUCACAGACGAUACGCAGUCUUCCCUGAAGGAAGUACCUGGUCGAUAGCGUGGUGUCUGUCCGUCCAAGCACUCACUGGGGAGUACAGCAUUUACACAGAGGGCUUCGCGUGGGCGGCGGCCUAUGAACUCCCAAACAGCACCUUCGUGGAGCAGACGUAUCUUAAAAAGAAGAAAAACAAGUAUCUGUUGCCAGCACCAGGUAUCUUUCGUCGUCACCGCAGGGAUCUGUACAAGACAAUGGAAAAAGUCAUAGAAAGCGCCGGUAUCGAUGGACACUCAUGCGUGCUGCGAGCUCUCUGCGAGGCCGCUCAGAGGUUUGUGCCGGGCGAGAACACUAUUGGCGAGGAGAUCGUGAGCACCAUUUUCAGGUGGCCUGGAGCGCGCACCGCCUCCUGGGAGCCCGAGGAGCACCACGCCUACGAGCUCGCCCAGCGCCGCGGCCGCUCCACGGACGCCGUCGACUGCACGCUGCUGUACCCGGCCUGCCCGCUCUCCCUCGUCGACGUGCUGCUGUACGGCCACAUGGGCGACUAGGCCGCCCCUACCUGCCGGACUGCCGCCUCUCCGCCACGCACAUGCUGACAACUGUGCCACGACCUACUGGAACACAAUUUGGUGCGAGAUGAAAUCGGACGACUUUCUCAAGCUUGUACUUCCAUGACUGAAUAUAAUUUGGAAGCCACCACUGUUUUUGACAUAAAAGCCAAACUGAAACAUU